UGAUCUGAUGAUGUUGCCGUGAGGCUAGCGGUCUCUUUCGCACCGCCACGCUGCAUCUGCCAAGCGCAAGCGGGCCGACAGUAGAAUUUGUUUACAAAUUUUUCAACCAUCCUGUUGUUGACGAUAUCGUACGACGUCGACGAGCCUCCUGCGCUAUUUUCGUACCCUUUCUAAUCGCUGGCAGUAGUUAAAGCUGCUCAUUCAUAGUCGAGGAACGUCAAGAAUCGGAAGUGUUUUUGAAGAGGAGCAGCAGCAGCCCUCUUCUGAUAAUUAGCUGCAAAAGUUAACUUUGUGAAUAAUUUGUGAUUCAGCUCUCCAAUGCGAGAGAGUGAAGCAAGUGCAAAAAAUUCUAGUGAAUAUUGAACUAUACUGAACUGUGCCAUCAAGCGGACAAUCAAAUAAUAGUGUUGUGAGAUAACCAAGCGUCUCAAGGACAAAUAAAUAUUCCAGUGCACUAAAAACUUGAACUCUGUGGAAAAACUAAUUUUUGGGAGUGGUUUGGAAGACUAUAAUGCGAUUCUGAGCAGUGAAUUAUGUACCACGACUACAAACUGUACAACAAACUGUUCGGUGGAUGCGGGCUGGCGUCAUUCGUUGGCCUUGUAGGUUUCGAGGCUUAUCGUACGUACUCUGCGCUGAGUAAUUUAGUGGAUACCCGUGUGUUGGACAUCGACCGGAAACGUCCGGAUUAUAUAUACAUCAAGCACCACAUCUACAGGCAAUCACUGCAGGAACAGCUAGAACAAGAACGUGAGGAUAGCCGGUUGGUGAAUGUGGUCAUUCAGCCGUUCGGGAAGUGGUGGAAGGUUCUGAAGCACUCGGUCGCUUGGACUCUGCUUAAAAUCGCCCAGGAGGGUGAUCAGAGCCAUCGGUUGAAAGCCAUCAAGCAGCUCGCUCUGAUUGAUCAUCUGAAAGAUUGGGACUUCCAGCAUCUGGCUCAGCUGUGCGACGCCCAAACUGCAAUCUCAUUGGCCCGUUCGAACUGUGAUUCCCGUUGGUUCCUUCCACCGCGCCAAUAUGGAGUGGAAAAGUCCACCCACGAGGUGCUGGCCGGCGUCAAGGGUCUCAUCGAAAAGCUAGCCCCGGACAAUAAUUGCGCCGCAUACGUGCUAGAACACACAUUUACCUCCCAUCAGAUUAAGGAACCCGUCGGAGAUGAUGGCGUCGACUACCGCCUGUACGUUUCCCGCUUCGAAAAUGAACAGUUGAAGCAAGCGCUCAGUGCUCUGGUUCAUUUGACUACCGUAGAACAGAACUGCCGCAAGAUUAUUGACGCCGGUGGUCUGCUGGAACUGAUCGAAGUGGAGAAACUCUACACCGACAACAUCGACAUCAAGCUGCUACUAUCCAGAAUCAUCGCAAACCUGUCCGUUUGUGGGGACUGCGGUUACGACUUCUUCGCCACCGGAUGGAUCAGUAUCCUUUCCAAAUGGCAGAAGGACGUCGACAUGCGCAUGCAGGUCACCACAGAUCUAACGCUCUCGAAUCUGGAUCGGGACGAUCCGAACAGUUUUAGCUACGAAUCUAACGUUUAUCCACUGUACCCGAAGGGACGCAGUAAAAACAAGCCGGAUUUGGACGUUGUGUUUAUCCAUGGAUUGUUGGGAGGAGUAUUCGUGACGUGGCGACAGAAGGAUCUCAAACCGCAGGCGGCCAGUCUCCUAGGUAAGAAACAUUCUUCCGUUAGUCUAGUGUCCGCGUUUGCCAAAGCUAGGAAGAAUCGUCCUGCUGCUGGUGAUGGUGGUAGUGGGGUUAACCAAGUUUCGACAAAGACGACAUCUACGCCGGGUGCUUCCAAGCAAUCCUUGAUUAGACGACGACUGUUCAAUUGGUCUGCCAAAAAGUCUUCCUUCGACGACGAAGUACAAUCCGAGGCCCGCGCAGGAGAGGGCAUCGCAUCGUACAAAGACGAACUGCUCACCUUGCAGCCGACACCGCCGAAGUCCCAUCCCUCGAUCAGUGACACCGCCACCAAAGAGCUCAUCGAAGCGCUCCAAGAGGACGAACCCUUGUCCUCCGAGUGGUCCGUCGUGUUUCCCGACGUCCCGCUGGUAGCGGAUGAAAAGUACACCAGUCCCGGUGUACGCAACCGCACAAAAGGCCGUUACAGUGUGUCCGGCGACAAGUGGCUCCAGGAACCACUGGGCGAUGAAUCCAUUGGACGGUCUUUCUGCUGGCCAAUGGAGUGGCUACCGAAGGACUUCCCCAACAUUCGCGUCAUUGGUCUGAACUACGAUUCCUCCCUCUCCCAGUGGUCGGCCAGCGGUUGUCCGUGUGAAAAGUACGACGGAAAGCUGGAGAAACGUGCCGGAGAAUUCCUGAAAAAACUAGCCAAAUCCAACGUCGGUCAGGACCGUCCUGUCGUGUGGGUAGGCCACUCGAUGGGUGGUCUGUUGAUCAAAAGUAUUAUUAAUCAAGCAGCCGCCAGUGAUGAUCCGGCAGUGCGCCGGAUCGCCGAAAAUUCCCGUUCCAUUAUGUUCCUUGGAACGCCUCACCGCGGCAGUGCCAUUGCAAAGCUCAAACAGCACACAUCCGCUCUGGUAUGGCCAUCGGUUGAAGUUCGUGAACUGGAAGAAAACUCCACCCAACUGCUGCACUUGAAUAAAACGUUCCUGAAAACCAUUAAUCAGCUGAAGAAGAAGCCGGAAAUCGUAACCGUAUGCGAGGGCAGUCCAACUGUGCUGACAUCCUUCAAGUUUCCGCUCCACAUUGUAACGGAAACGUCCGCCCGAAUCGAUGAAGGUGACUUUUAUCUGACCAAAGAGGAUCAUUUGAACCUGAGUAAGCCGGUAUGUAGACAAUCAUUCCUCUAUCAAAGGCUUAUCAGCACGAUUUGGUGUGCGAUGCAGUCGGAUAAGGCAUCAGAGAAAGUGGACGAGGAGCGCAGUCCCAGCGCCAAAGGAGUUGAAAGUGGAAAGAGACAAAGUUCCGUGUUCAGCGAUGUCUAUCGCCAGUUGCGACAGAUGGACAAGUUGUUCAAUAUAUUUCUGUAGAUAAAUUUGUCAGUAUAACGUGCGUUUAAGUUUUACUGUGUCGUGAUAUGAAUGAGGUUUUUAUAUUUACCUAUUUUAGGGAGGAAAGUAUUUUUUUUUUAUUUAUUGAUGAACGUUCGAAAUAGAAACUAAUAUCAAACAUA